AUGAACGCUCCGGGUGUUGCGCCUUUGGCCAAUGGCGCGGCGCCUCAGUGCCGGGUGCGGUUGCUAAGGGCAGCGGCGGCGACCGGGCUAAGCGCGAGUGGCCGGGAUCCCAUGGCAACGGCGGGGGUGAGGAUGGAGAGCGCGGGGGACCGGGCCGGGCCCCGCGGGGGCAGUAUUUUUGAAGAUGAAAGUGUGAAAUUGCGACAGCUGAAACUAGAGAACCAGAGAGCUCUUCUGGAGAAGAAGCAGAGGAAGAAACGUCUUGAGCCCUUGAUGGUGCAGCCAAAUCCAGAAGCAAAGCUGCGUAGAUCAAAGCCCAAAGGGUGUGAGGAGCAGACUCCCUUAGUUGAGACCCACACCCCUUUUCACAGCGAUGUUGUCCUGCAUGGCAUUGAUGGCCCAGCUGCCUUCCUGAAGCCAGAAGUCCAAGACUUAGGGACCAAACUCCAAAUCCUCUCCGUAGGAUCUUCCACAACAGAAGAUGAUGCAGAUCAAGACAAUGAUGAGGAGACCCUGAUAGAUACAGCUGCCAAGCCAGAUCUGCAAGAAAUCCUACAGAAACGAGGGAUCUCAGGCAGUUUGAAUUUCGAUGAGGACACUGAAGAGGAGGAAGAAGCUGGAAAGAGGUCAAGAUCACAUUCACCAUAUUCUGAAUCUGAGAGGCCUAGUUCCGCAACCAGCCAGAAAUCUGCUACAGACACAGGUGCUUCCUGCACUGCAUCCCCAGAGACAGAUGCACAGCUGGGAGAAGUGGAGAACUUGGAGGAGUUUGCAUUACGCCCUGCUCCCCGUGGCAUUACAGUGAAGUGUCGAAUCACUAGAGAUAAGAAAGGAAUGGACCGAGGCCUCUUCCCCACCUACUAUAUGCACCUGGAAAGGGACGACAACAGAAAGACGUUCCUUCUUGCAGGAAGAAAACGGAAAAAGAGCAAAACAUCCAAUUAUCUCAUUUCAAUUGACCCAACAGAUUUAUCCCGGGAAGGGGAAAGUUUCAUUGGAAAACUCAGGUCCAACCUUAUGGGAACAAAAUUUACUGUCUAUGAUCAUGGAGUUAGCCCAGGCAAGGCACAAGGGCUAGUAGAAAAGGCCCAUACCCGACAGGAGCUCGCAGCCAUUUGUUACGAAACCAAUGUCCUAGGAUUCAAGGGCCCCAGGAAGAUGUCCGUGAUCAUUCCAGGGAUGAACAUGAACCACAAGCGGAUUCCAAUCAGACCACGAAAUGAACAUGAGAGUUUGCUAUCAAAAUGGCAAAAUAAAAACCUGGAAAACCUGAUUGAGCUGCACAACAAGGCUCCAGUCUGGAAUGAUGACACUCAGUCGUACGUCUUGAAUUUCCAUGGGAGAGUCACUCAGGCCUCGGUGAAGAACUUCCAGAUUGUCCAUGAGAAUGACCCUGACUACAUUGUGAUGCAGUUUGGUCGUGUAGCAGAAGACGUGUUCACUCUGGACUAUAAUUACCCCCUGUGUGCCCUCCAGGCCUUUGCCAUUGGACUCUCCAGCUUUGACAGCAAAUUGGCAUGUGAAUGAUGGAGACAGCGGACUUGGACGUGGAACUUGCUCCCAUCCCUGCACCUUGUAGAUGAGUUCUGGGUGGAAUCAUGAGAAGUAUCCUGGGGACAAAAAGGGAACUGGAGGCCAGAUAUCUGUGGCCUUAACAAGAAGCAAAUAGUAGAUUUGGGGGCUUUACAGUAGCUGAUAGGGACCAUGGCCCUUUUUGGAAGGGAGAUCGCUGCAUGUGCACUGGGGGAAGGCAAGGAUAGUGUGUGAUGUCUUUGUUAUCAGUAUUAAUGCUGCAUUGAGAAUCUUGAUGGGAGAUGGUGUGAGAGCUAAUCCUGCUCCUUAGCAGCUAAGCAUCACUGUGACUAGGAAUUCCUGCAGUGGGGAUCAGAUUAAUUGCGCUUUAGUGCCUAGGCACCUUGGAUCUCACAACGCUCCUGUGCUCAUGCAGCGUAUAUUAAGAUUACUUUAGAGAAGGAAGAAGAGGUACAGUCUGUGCCGUCCCUUACCCCGCAAAGUAACUCUCCUGUCUAAGGCAAAGUUCAGAGAAAGAAGAGAGGGCACAAGCCUGAUGUCCCUGUGCAGCUGUAAGCAGUGGUCAAUGAACAAAGAAUAGGAGCAAGCCCCAUGCCUCUAUAGCCACCCUUUUACUCUGCAGGAUAAUUCUCUUUCAAGGCUGAUGGAUCCCAGUUCCUGUUAAUUGUUCUGCUGCUCAUUAUCCUGUGACAACCCUUUUACCAAAUAAAGAUCCCCCAUCAUUAGGGAUGUGAGAAAAGCUCCUAUGGUCACUUCUAAGUAAGCAAUAUUUAUAUUAUGACCAUCACUGUUUCUUUUAUUCCUAACAGCUCUAAAAGUGAAAUUGAAUGGAUCAUUGGACCUGACAGAAACUGGCUGAGAAAGGCAUGCCAUUGACUAUUCCUGAAAUGCAGCAUUCUAAUUGCCUUAAAUACUAGAUUCUAUAGGUCAGUCAAUCAGAAACAUUUUUUUUUAAAUUUCUUUUAUGAAUAAAGUUUGCUGCAUUUUAGGAAUAAACUGAUGUCUGAAGCUUUUCUUUGUUUUGUUUAGCAAAUAAGAGCCUCUCCUGCAGCAGUCUGAAUGGCUGAUUCCAAUUGCAUGUGGUAUAAUAACCAUAGAUAUCUCAAAUCAUGACCAGUUCAGUCAGUUUUAUAUAAUCAUUUAAUCUGAAUAUGAGUUUAACCAAAAAUAAGAUUAUAGACAUUUUCCAAGGCACAAGGAAAGAAGAAUAUUGCAACAAGAGUGGCCAAAGUACUGCUCAUCGGGCUCCAUAACAUGUCCUGUAGCAGCCCUCAUCUUUAAUUCUGGGUUGCAGUCAGUGGAGACCACAAGUCCCAGCAUGCAAUCCUCCUUGAUCCACCAGCCUCAACUUGCAUCAAAUUGGAGCACUGCAUAUUGAGACCUAUACAUGGGCUGCACAUCUGCUGUAUAUUAAAAAAGAGGGCAGCUACCAUCCUGUCCAUUUCAUAUUCUUUAUGUACAGCUGUCAGAAUCUUUCCUUUCACAUUCAUUAUGUACAGUUAAUUGCUCAUUUGUCCCUCUGUUAAGCAAACUGUGGGUGUCCCCUUUUUUGCAUGUACUGAUCUGUUUUUAAAGGUUAUUGGCAGCCCACAAGUCCUAUCUGGAUGCCCCCAGCAACCAGAUUUUCAUCAUUGUGUCACGGUCUUUGCAUUAUAUGUCACAUAAGUCUCGCUAUUGGUGAAUAUUAUCUUGCUGUUUAAUUUUCCAAAACAUCAAACUUUGUGUAAACAUUUUCUGAUGCCAGAAAAAACGCUUCAAUCAUAGUCACAUGUAAUCUCUGUAUUUAAUUGUAAAUGGUGAAUUGUUGCUGAUAGCUCCAGUUCUAAAAAAUGCUUAUCUCACAAGUUCCCAAGCUACACUGGCUGAGGUGCCAUUGCAUUCAAAGCAAUCUCAUCAGCAUAGCAGUCAGCAAAGAGCGUUUGCGCCAGGUACCUCUUUUGUGUCUUCAUGCACUUCCCGCUUGUGUUCUCGUGUGCUCCCAAUUGACUGCUCUGCACUUCCUAUCUACCUAGAAAAGCCAAGAAACCAGUUCCUAAUGCCGCUGUCACAAUUACUUUGUAACUAGGACCAGAUGUAGAAAAUUAGUUUAUGUUCGCUUGGGGUUACUUGUAGGCAUUGCAUUAAUUGCUAGUCCAGAAAAAGUUUCCUUGUGCUUAGCAAGGCGCCCUGCAACUCCCUGGUUCAUCUCUCCAACUGGGUCAGUCAGCAAGGGCUCUCUCAAACUAUUCAAGGUGGUAAACCCAUGGGUGAGCUUAAUUGAUCAUGGCUAAGUUAGUGCCUGUGAUUCUUUAGGUUUCCUCAUCAAGUUGCACAGACAGAUGACCGAAUUUCUUGUACCUCUUCUGAGGUGCUUUCUAUAAUGUGGGCAUGUGACCCUUCACUUACCUUCUAGUAUUGAAACUCUUUCUUUUGUCUCAGUUUUUGAGGUUGUUUUUUUUUAAAGGGAUUGUACACAAUGACCUUGUCAUCACUAGCAUUAAAGUGUGUUAGCCACAACUGUGUUAAAGCACAGGUUAUUGCUAGCAAGUCCUCGCAUGGUUUCUCUUGAUACCAUCCAGCAGGGAAUUUUUCUAAAAAGGGUGAUACCGUUGUGCUAUGAAACAGUCCCAUCAGCUGUCUGUGGGGUCAAACUAAAAGCCAGAUUUUCAGACAAAAGUCCCAGUGCACACUGUUCAGGGAAAUGGUACGCUCUGUCACAUUGAAAUGUGACUCUGGAUAUCUUGGGGUCAGCCCUAAUGUGGACAGAAGCAUGGGUCUGUUUUUUGUUGCCGUUUGAACAAGCAAUAGCAAUACAGGAGGUGGGCAUUUACCUCUUCUCAGAUGCUUUCAGACAUAUUUUAUAUAUUGGAGGCUUCAGUACUCUGCCGUACUCUCUGUUCUUUUUGUGUUCUUCACCCACUCUGUUGCUGCUGUGUGUGCCAAAGGUCCACCUAGAUGAGUGAGAGGCUGGCUUUGUGUGCUUCCUGUUGCUUCCAAGCUUUUUUUGCUCUGCAGAAACGUCCAGUGCUUUUUGGUCAAAUAUUGUUCUAUAUGAAUUGUAUUUAUAACUUUUGUACUCUAAUGAAAAUAAAAUAAUUUAUAAAAACCAAAAACAAACAACAAAACCCUAAACUCUGAAUUGUUCUUAUCUUGUCCUGUAGGAUUUUUGCUGCAUAUGGUGUUUGCUGUCAGCUCUGAUACCUCUGUCUCUCCUGCUUUGGCUACCCCUCUUUUUCUUACUGUCUCCCUCCACUCCAUUUCUCUUCUUUCUGUAUCAUUCUCUCCUCAUUUGUCUCCCCCACUUCUCCUCCAUGCUGGUUUUACAAAUAUUUAGAAGUAUGAGAAUUGCCUUGGAAACACAAGUACUACCAAUUUCCCUUCUGCACCACUAGGAGCUGCUUGCUGUCUAUUUGUUCACUCCCCUCCCCUUGAUUCUCCUGCUCCUCACACCCCUUCUCUCUCAAAUGUUAUGGGCUGCUGAGGGGGGUGCAUUGGAAAUAUUUACCCAGGCCUGGUCACUUGUAGGGUGACCAGAUGUCCUGACUUUAUAGGGACAGUCCCGAUUUUUGGGUCUUUUUCCCUGUCCCAAUUUUUCACAUUUGCUGACUGGUCACCCUAGUCACUUUCUCUAAGCCCCUCCUGUUGUCCAAGUGUCACAUGGUGCAAUUCUGGACCAGGAUUGAAAUAGGGUGAGGUAAAGGGGGCAGUACUGAGCUGAGGGUGUUUUUACUGGGGUGAUAUGAAGAGAAGUAAGUGUCUGCCUCACUGAGAGGAAAUGUCCUUGUUCCAGUGACUUAAAACUUGAGGUAGGGGAGAUCUAACUUUGCAGGCCCCUGUUCUGAAUGCAGGUUGAACAAUCAUGUCCAUUUCCCUCUAGCUUGGCCAGAAUGGAUACAGGGUGCAAGCACUACACUUUCAUCUUAGCUCUAUUCUACUCUCUGUGACUGUCUCAGAGAUCUGCAGCAGACAGUUGCUAUCUCUACAGCACUGGGUUGGCUGCAGUAAUAUCACACUCUCACUCCCACACCAAACACAACAUCCAGAAAACUCUCAAGAACAGGCUGGGUACAGGAAGCAAAUGCUACAGUCCAGUGUGAAUCCUCAUAGCGGGACUCAGAAUGUAGCAGCUCCAAGGUGCUGUGAGGUCUCCAACUGAUACACAUCAAAGGCAGGAGUAUUCAUUUCUUAUUCUUUUAUGGCUCAAUCCUGUUUGCAUUGAAGUGUUGAUAUCAAUAGGAGUAGACUCAGACUCUAUUAUGACAAAGCACACCCCACCCAACAUGUUCUUCUACUACUUACUGGUAUUAAUAGCUCUGUGCACUUCACAGCUAUUGUUACUGGAAAAGAAUAACAAAGAAGGCAAGGAACUAUUCCCCCACACCACCCUUUUCACAGAUGGAGUGCUGGGAGUUUGCAGGAGGUCACCGCAGUCGGAGCUGGGGAUAGAGCCCUGUCUAAAACAGCAUACCCAAAUCUCAUCCACACUGCUUUUCUGAAGGAAUGUGUCAAACCUAUGGGCUUGAGUGCUGUCUGUAACCACUACAUCCCACUCCCUUCCAGAGCUAGAAUAGAACUGGGCAUGGGUGUGGGCUACUGGUGAAGUAUUUGUUGUAUCCUCCUCUAGUGGCUGAUCUACAUGGAGGAUAACAGCCUACUACUACUUACUACUAUCAAUUACUUAUUUAGCUCAAGUAAUAGAGGUCAGCUUUACCAUAUAGGUGAGAACAGGCUAAAGGUCAGAGGCUUCUCAGGAGUUCUUGUCCUUGUGUCUUCCAGCAUUUUCAGUCUACAGUCCCUGUUUCCCCAUUCUGUUCUCUUGUCCUGGUCUCCAUGGAGUUCUUGUUCCCCUGCUGGGACUCAGAAGUCAUUUUCCUGUUUCAGUUUGGGUAAAUCUUUCCACACCUAGAUAAGCUCUGUGGCCAGAAAGAAGCUCAUCCUUUUUGCUAAAAUGUGUCAAGGUAAAAAGCAUUUAAUUGGCAGUUGAUAUAUAUGAAUGAAUGUUGUUUCCACUAGACUUGAAGGUGGGAUCUGAUCUCAUUUGCUUUGAUAAAAGUAAAGUGAUAGUUUAAAAAGAGAGAACCACUGAACUAAGCUACAACAAAACAAAUGUGAACAAAGAAUGAUUUUCUUAACUUGAAUUGAGAUCCCCAUUUAUAAAAGAGAACUAGAAUUACCCUUAGGGCUGGUCCACACUAACCCCCCACUUCGAACUAAGAUACGCAACUUCAGCUACGUUAUUCAUGUACCUGAAGUCGAAGUAUCUUAGUUAGAACUUACCGCGGGUCCACACGCGGCAGGCAGACUCCCCCAUCGACUCCGCGUACUCCUCUCGCCAAGCAGGAGUACCGGCAUUGACGGCGAGCACUUCCAGGAUCGAUCCCAGAAGAUGGAUUGCUUACUGCCGGACCCGGA